AGUCCCAGACGCAGGAGUGGAAGGAGUGACGCCGCCUGCCCCUUUGCCUCACUCACCCAGGCUUCCCCCACGCCCACACCCACACGCAGGGGUCGCGCUACACCCGCCCACACCCACCCACACCCACACCCGCCCACACACCCAACAAGCAGGCAGUAAAUUGCGAUGAACCUUACUUUGCUGUCUUGUGGCUGUUCUGUGCUGUUCCCCGCGUGACCGUAUCUUCACACGCCUGCACGCCCGCACGCCCACCAUGGGAAGCACGCCCCUGCACGCCCUGGUGGUGAUGGCGGUGGUGGUUGUGGUGGUGAGCGUCGCCGAGAGAGCUGCUGCCGCCUCACACGCUAAGGAUAAGAGUGUGUUUGCCCAUCACAACGGGGAAAGGCGCGCCGCGAGGACUAGGAGAGAGCAAGGCAAAAGUGAGACAGGCGCCACGACGAGUCCCAGUGGCAUUCCUGACACAGAGCCUACCACAGUGGCCCUGCCGGUCUGCACAGGCAACGUGGAGGAUGAGUGUGCGGAGCUGCCCAACAGUAAGUGCGUCAAGGAGGAGGGCAUCUGCAAGUGUGUGGCCCCCUAUGACAUUUUUGAUGUGGAGAACCAUUACUGCGGAAAAGCUACGAAAUUAGGGGAAAAAUGCAAGUAUACGAGCGAGUGUGAAGAGGGUGAUGACUACAGUAUAUGCAACCAACAGCAAAUUUGUGCGUGUGGCCCCGGCUUCAGUGUGGAUGACCUACCUCAAGUGGGGCUCACCUGUAUUGAAAGUUCUAAGGGUGACGGGGCCGGCGCUCCUGACCCGGCCAUGAUCGGCGUGCUGGCUGGCUUGGCCCUCAUGUUCGUGAUCAUCUGCGUGGUGCUGCGUCUCUUCUCCAAGGCGAGAUUCCGCGAGAACCGGUCAAUCUUCAACACGCCCAACCCUCGCCUGAUGAACGCUUCGCUGUUCAAAGACAGUAAGUUGCUGAGCCCUGCCCGCGGGGACCGUCGAGGCUCCCGGGCCAGUGUUCGAGUCCCGUCUCGCGCAGCCUCCAUCACCUCCGUCAACGCCGCCUCCCGCUCUCCUAACGGGUCAUUGGCCAAAGAUCAACCCCAAAUUAAACAUGCUUCCCAAAACUGAAGCUCACCUCACUGGUAAACCCUGCACAGGUGAAAGAUGAAGAAGGCGAGGGAGUGCGCUAUCCACCGCCUCUGCCACGGGCUCCACCCACGGCCACACAGCCCCGGCAGGACACAAGACCCCAAGCCCCGUCAGGGAGAACAAGAAGGCCGAGACAACUGUGGCUAUCGAGACCGUGGACUAAGCUGAGAGCGUCUUCUAGAGGUGGUGUGGUCCUCGAGUCUACAUCCUGGUCCUCUUCCCUCCAUGUGUGGGGUCUGAGGUCCUCCCUGAGUGUCUGGCUGGCUGUCCAGGGGUCCUUUCUGUUGCUCUAAGUUGCUGUGUGGUUUUGAAGGCUCUGUCAAAUGUGGGUUUGAUGUGUGUUUUGUCUGGGUUUUGUGGUUAUAGUGAGGUUUUCUGAGAUAAGUGCUACUACUACUAUUACUGCUACUACUACUACUACUACUACUACUACUACUACUACUACUGUUGAUGAUAACCACAUUUCCAGCACUAUAUGAAAGGAAAACAAACACAACGAGAAUGUAACUUAAAUACAAUAAUUAGCAACACAUCGAAGAAACACACACACACACACACACACACACACACACAUACUAUAUAAAACAAAGCAGAACAUAGAAAACGUAAAAUAACACGUAGUAGAAAACAAAGCUCAAAUUAGAAAAGGCGUGGUCAUUAUGUUUAUUGCUCUGUCUGUCUGUCUGUCUGUCUGUCCUGGUGUCCUAAGAGUCCUUAGCGUAGGAUUAGCUGUGUAUUCUGCAGGAGGUGAGAUGAGGCGAGGUCACAUCAGGUCGCAUCAGGUCACGUCAGGUCAAGAGAACUAUAGAUAGGUUUUAUGGGUGAAGGGCAAGUACUGUGUGACCUGAACUGGAAGGGAUAGUUAUGGAGGUCAUGGUUAAGUUCACACUUGAGGGUCACACUUAAAGGUCACACUGAAGGUCACACUUGUAGAUCACAUUUGAAGGUCACACUCAAAGGUUACACUUGAGGGUCACAUUCGAAGGUCACACUUGAGGUUCAAACUUGAAUGUUACACUUGAGGGUCACACUCGAAGGUCAUACUUGAGGAUCACACUUGAAGGUCACACUUGAAGGUCACACUUGAAAGUCACAUUUGAGGGUUACAGUUGUAGGUCACACUCGAAGGUCACAAAGAGUCACUUGAAAGUCACACUUGAGGGUCACUUGAAGGUCACACUUGAGGGUUACACAUAAAGGUUACACUUGAGGAUCACACUCGUAAAGGUCACACUUGAGGAUCACACUCGAAGGUCACACUUCAGGGUCACACUUAGAAAUGCACAAAAAAGUAAUUUUCUAAUCUAAUUAAUCUAAAUAUAAGUAUCUUUUUUUUUCUUUUAACCUCUCAAGGGAUUGAAGUGCAGGGAAGUUACUACAACAGGAGAUAGAGUUUAGUGAAGUUAACUUAAGAGAAAUAUUUAAGUAGAGUGAAGUUAAGUUACUUAUUCGAAACCCGUUCAGUACUUGUUCUUUAUCCCAUACCUCCUCCCCAUUAGCCAGACAGCCACCUCACACCUCACAACCCCAACCACCCCUCCCUCCACCCCUCCAUCCUCCCUCCCUUCCUCUCGCCUCCCUCAUCUCAGAACUCAGUGUUACCUAUUAUUGAGUCUGUCGCACAAAACACUUCGAAGCUCAGAGUGAAGCAGAUGAUUCACCUCGGAGGUUCGGAUCUCUCGUGUGAACUUGGAACUCGGAAAGCAGACCUGGCCCCCUUAAGCCAGCGAUCGCUUCAAGACGCCACCACGGAAAAAAAAUAAA